CCCAGGAGGAAGCAGGCGCCAGCCGUCGAAGCCAGCCCAAACCCCUUGCCUUGCCUACGCGCGCCCUCCUCGAGCGCUUCGUCCUCGCGAUCUCGUCGAUUUGGUCCGACCCCGCCUCCGCCUAGGCGGCGCUAGGGCUUCAAGGAGGUCCCCCCCAUGGUGCAGCUCGCGGGCUCGCCGAGGAAGCGGCAGGCGGCGGCCGCCGCCGCCGCCGCCGAGAACGUGCCGCCGCUGGCUGGCGGCGUGAAGGUGGAGAUGGGCGAGGGGUUCGGCGGCGGGAAUGUCCCCGUUCUCAAGCGCGUCAGGGCGGCGCAGCAGCCAUUGCCGACUCCGCAGGACACAUAUAGCGAUGUACUUGAUGGACCUAGCCCAUUAGGUCUGCGAUUAAGAAAGAGCCCAUCUCUGUUGGAUCUUAUUCAGACAAGCCUUUCAAAGGCAAAGUCUGCUCCAGGGCAAUCUGCUACGGGCAAUAGCAUUUCUGGGCCUCCCAUAAAGAAAGAGAGUAGAACUGGGGCUCUUACAGCUGGUGAACGAUUGAAAGCCUCAAAUUUUCCUGCAACUUUUCUGAAAAUUGGUGCUUGGGAGUACACAUCAGAGUAUGAAGGUGAUUUGGUGGCAAAAUGCUACUAUGCAAAGCAUAAGAUUGUCUGGGAAGUUAUGGAUUGUGGUCUGAAGAGCAAGAUAGAAAUUCAGUGGGCACAUAUUAGCGCUUUGAAGGCAACUUGCCCAGAGGAAGGAUAUGGAACCUUGGAUCUGGUGGUGUCCGAACCACCCAUUUUCUUCAAAGAGACUGAUCCUCAACCAAGAAAGCAUACAAUAUGGCAGGCUGCAUCAGAUUUCACUGGUGGGCAAGCAAGCAUGCACAGGCGCCAUAUUUUGCAGUGCUCCCCAAGUUUGUUGAGCAGGCAUUUUGAAAAGCUUGUUCAGUGUGAUAAGCGAUUAAAUCAGUUGAGCCAACAGCCAGAUAUCAUACUGGACUCACUUUUUGAACCUACAAGCUCUAUAUUUGAAAAUCCAAAUGAAUGUGAAGCCCCUUCAUCCAAGUUCACACCUCUUGGAUCACCAUGUGCUGUUUCUUCUGUGUCUAAGACGUAUGGAGUGAAUCAUCUUAUGUUGAAACAACCAGAGUUUUUUUCUCAGCCAGUAACCUUAGAUGUCCCAACCAAUGUUGUUGCUGAAGAACUAGAGAACCCCAAUUGGUGUAAUCUGGCAACGCCUGGCCUGAGAUCAUCCAUGGAUGGUCUGCUGAAUCAUCUAGGUAAUUGCAUAACAGAACAACAAGCUGCGGGAAAUCCUCCAUUACCCAACACUGAGGCGCCAUCCAAAGAAUUUCUGGACAUUGCUCAGUGCCUUUUGAGCGACACACAGGGCCCACCAUCUUCAGAUGAGAAAUAUCUGAUGGCAAGGGUGGACUCUCUUUACUCUUUGCUCGAGAAAGACACAGCUCCAUCCACCAUAAGCAUGCCUGACCAGAAUGGCGACAUUGCUGUAGGUGAAAUGAGUUUUGAGGAAGAACUCAGAUCUUGUUUAGAAGAUAAGGAACUCGGGCCAGCACCUGCUACGAAAACCGCAGAUGUCACAGAACCGGCUGCCCUCUCGAGAAAGGAUUCCUUCGAAGAGCUGCUGGAGAACCUCCCUCGCAUAGCAUCCAUUUCACAGUACCUGUUCGACAUAGAAGAGGAUUCUGAGAACUCUGGUUCUCGUUCCUAGGAUUAGAACAUCCUCUGUAAAAUUGUAGGAAUCAUCAGGAAUAAUAAGCCACCAGUCUGCAUCUUCCGAGACCUGUUUUCCUCCCGCCCUCUGUAAAUUCUUCAGUAGUUUUUUGUUUUUACUUUUACUAAAAAGAAGAAAAAACGAUUAAUUAGAUUGCUUCAACAGCAUUGCCUAGACUUGUUGACUA